AUGGAAGAAUUCCAGCAGCUGCACUCGACCUUGGCCCAACACUACGAGGACCACGGGCCACCGGUCCCGGCGAAGACACCCCUUGACGUUGACGUCGCACCCGCGGCCUACGAAGACAUGAGGUUCGACUGCAGCCCUUCCCUCAAGAACGAACCAACCAUCACUACCGAGCCAGCUAGUCCAUCAGCCUUGUCUGAAUCCGACAUGAUGGGAUUCACAAAGAUCGAGCCACCGUCUCCUGAGCAAGGUGGCACGCAGAGUAGGGGGCCAAGGCAGCCGCUGCCAAGAGGCCUCGUUGCCAACAGAUUUCAGAAUCAUCCUACCUCUCAUCGACUACAGCACCACCAGUCUGCUGCUUCUAUCCCCGCCUCACAUGGCUCGGUCGAAGGCGAUCUGAUCGACCUCGGGGCUGACCCAGACGUCUUUUCACUCCCGCGAGAGACCUCCAGCCAUGACCCCAUCAAUGGCGCCGGACCCGGAGUCGAGCCCAACUGGGACUUGCUUCUGCGCCGCGAGAUCAACGCGCUGCAUCACAGACUCAAGUCCACGAUGGCGCGAGCCGAGAUCGCCGAGGAAAAGGCUGAAAGAGCGCAACGCAGGAUUGGCGAGAUCAAGUCUGGCAUGAGCUCGACCGUCACCGGCGCCUCAACAGACGCAGGGUCGCUCGCCCUGAAUCUUGAAGAGAUGCGGGCAGAGAAUUCUUCUCUGAAGGAGCAACUUAGAGAUGCGGAGUCGCACAUCUUCAGUCUGCAGCCUUAUCGCAAAGAGCUCACCCCGGAGGAGAUCGGCCGCGAGUACGAUGAUCUCAUUGAAGGGAUCACCGACUGGGUCUCCCGGUUUAUGGACCCUCUAUUGGACGACCACAAUCGGGGUAUCGAGGACGUCCUUAUUCAAGCCCGUCGGAAGCCCACUGAGGCUCUCAGGUUGAAACGGACAGUAAACAUGUACCCGGACCUGUUGACUGCAUCCACAUUUCCAGAGACGGACGAAGACAUCAUUGUUGCCAUCAUCAUGCGGUUUCUCAACGAAAACAUCUUUCAAAAGGUGCUCUACGGUUCCCUGGAUAAUUGCGUUGGAGUCAUAAGCUCGGUGGAGACGGCGUUGCAGAAUCACGUCGAGCCCAAGCGAGAUCUUUUUGCGAUUCGGACCUGGACCGCCGAGGCAUACAACGCCAUCCUGAGUUCUCAAGAAUUUGCAAUUCUGCGAGAGAAGAAGACACGCGAGCUGGCAAACGAGCUCGCGGGCAUCUUCAAGAUAUACUGCCGGAAGGACAAGACGGAGUGGUUCUUCCGGAACUUUACGGAGCAGUGCGUCGAGCCGGCGGCGCAGCUCUACGAGAAGAUCCAGGUGUCGACGAACCACUUCUACUUCGACAUCAACCCGUACGUCAUGUGCGGCCCCCACGGCGAGAUCCUGACGUCGCCUGACUUCCUCGACGGCCUGCGGGACCUCGACUGCAAGAACGUGCUCCAGAACCGCAAGGCCGUCAGCGUGGCCAAGAUGGACCCGCCGCCCACGAGGGCGGAGCUGGACCUCCACAUGUUCAACGUCUGCGCCCUCAUCCCGGCGCUCUACAUGCGACGGAUCGGGCGCAACGACUCCAUCAAGGAGCCGCAGCUCGUGCGGCGGCAGCAGAUGCUCGUGGCGUGGGGCCCGCAGGACAAGCGGGCCGAGUUCCGCCAGAGCGGCGACCGCACGCUGCUGUAUAACCUCUACUGCGAUAGGAGCGACCGCGAGAGGCAAGAGGCGGGCGGGUGGGCGACCUUUCGCUGGGGAAGCUAG